AGACCAAUCGUUUACCGGAACGGACUCAUUCUUAUAUUACAAAUUACUGAUGAAACAUUUCGACUCCUAUUUUUGUUUUCUUUUCCUUAUCAUCACUCAAAUUCUCAAUGCCCGCCAAAGGAUCUUAAAAAUAUACCUCCAAGAAAUGGUGUAGAAUUUCCUUUCAUAACAGAAAUCAUAAUAUUGGUAAAUCGCUAGUGGGAAAAAAAUUGUGGUACUUUCUUUAACCCAAAAUAAUGUCUUGGAUUAAUUUGAAAGAAAUUAACUUUGUGAUUGUGAAUGGAACUAAUGUCUAACAAACACGAUGAUUGCACAUAAUGGGAGUUAGCAGAUCGACUAAGUUUUCAGUGGGAAUUCUUUAUCUGACCUUCUGCAUAUACGGCGAAUUUUUGUGUUGGCAUAUAGGCAGACAAAUGUACGCCGGCUGUCACUGGAUAUCCAUCUUCUACCUCUUAUGGGCAUUGUCAUCAGUGGUUGCCCUCCGCGCCAAUUUCAUUUGUAACAGAAUCCCCGGUUUAACUCCUCGACAACGAUCAAUUUGCCGGAAAAGACCGAACGCAAUAGUUACAAUCGGAGAGGGAGUACAAAUGGGAAUAAACGAAUGCCAAUACCAGUUCCGGAAUAAUCGCUGGAACUGUUCAAGUAGCGGAGCAGAAAAUACCAUGUUUGGUCACACGCAUAAAGUUGGAAGUAAGGAAGCUGCGUUUACAUAUGCAAUAACGUCCGCUGGAGUAACUUAUUCCAUAACACAAGCUUGUAGUCUGGGGAAAUUAAAACGGUGCAGUUGUGACCAAAGUAAAAAGAAAAGCCGAGUGUUAAAUGCUGGCUGGAAAUGGGGAGGAUGUAGUGCUGAUAUCAAACAUGGACUUAAAUUUUCUCGAAAAUUUCUGGACGCGAGAGAAAUCGAACAGAACGCAAGAUCUCUUAUGAAUAAACAUAAUAACAGAGCCGGCAGAAAGGCCGUCAAGGAAAAUAUGGACACAGAAUGCAAGUGUCAUGGUGUCUCUGGAUCUUGUACCAUGAAAACCUGCUGGACCACCUUACCGCCAUUUCGUCAAAUAGGAGACCAUUUACGUAAGAAAUACAGAAGAUCAAAACAAGUGGUCCCAAUGGUAGGGGGACGUAACAGGCGUCCAGUUUACCUGACUUUAAAGCGGUCUAGGCGCUCUCACACAAAACCAAGGCGAUCAGACUUAGUGUAUUUACAGAAAUCGCCGAACUACUGUGAUUAUGACGAGUCUGUUGGUUCGCUAGGAACUGUGGGAAGGAAGUGUAAUAGGACGUCUAUCGAUACGGACGGAUGUGACCUCAUGUGUUGUGGGCGGGGUUACAAUACCCAUCAGUAUACAAAAACAUGGCAGUGUAACUGCAAAUUUCAUUGGUGUUGCUAUGUGCAUUGUAAUAAAUGCAGUGAACGGACAGAGGAAUAUGCAUGUAAAUAAAUGACGACAUCAUUUUUGAUGGAAUGUUGGAUUAAGGACUCCAACAAAAAAAAUCAAACAUGAAAUAUACAUGUUCUUAUACGUACAUGUACAAGGAAACGAGUGCAAUUUCAAUGUUAACACAUAUCAGACACUCCACUUUUUGUUUGAUAUAGCAUUUACAUGUACAUUUCUUUCAAUAUUGUGAUAUUUAUAACAUUUUCAAAUGUCAUUGUAUAUAUAUCAUUGUUUCAUAUUUUAUACAAGUUAUAUAUUGUUUAAUGUAUUUAUUUUAGAUAGUCUAAGAAAUUUAUGUAUACAAUGAUUUUGAAAACACUACUUUUAUUUGUAGUUUAUUUUUAAAAGCCCACAAAAAAUAAAUGAUAUUUAUCUUAAUUAAAAAUAGGAACCUUCCACAAGUAAGUGCUCCCAUAUACUGCUAUAAGACUUACAUUGCCACUGUUGAAUUAUGAUAAUUUUCAAGAAAAUAGGAAACUAAAUCAAACCUGUAAUAUUUGUACCAUGCCGAAUGCUUCUAACUUUCAAAACGACCUUUACCAGGUUUUUGGAAAGGGGAAAGUACAGAGGCCUCCCAUGUGCCAGGAAUUUUCAUUUCAUAGGCCUUUUUUAAAACUUAUAGAAGACGUAAUAAUCCGUGUACCUGAAAAGGAAUAAACUCAGUGGGUGUGACUGGACGUCAGGGGAUGUCUAUUCCACCUAGGUCCCUAGCCUGGGGGCCAUAAAACUUUAGACGAGCUCACUUUUGAUCUCAGUCUCACUUUUCCACUAUUAAUUUCUUUAGAAAAAGUGAGAAUGAGAUCAAAAUUGAGCUCGUGUAAGCUUUAUGGCUCCCAGGGCCCUAUCUCUGGAAUAACAAGCGUCCGUGUUCUAUGCCUUGUUCACAUAUUUGUAUUGUUUGUAGAUUUUGUUCACAUCAAUCACGGCUCGUUAUCUUCGCUAUUUUUAAAAUACUUUAUAAAAUAAAUACUUUUUUUUGUAUAUUUGAAGUCCCUUUCUUAGAAUCAUAUAAACGAAAUUUAGAAAAAUUAUUUCGUUUUCCUAGAUAAAGCUAAAAAAAUCUUUUGUGUUUCUAAGAAUUAAUAUAUCACAAUAGUCUUGGGGGAUGCUAUCGCACUAAUACCAUACUCAUCCCGUUCCGAGGUUUUAUUUAUUAAAUUUGUUGAUUUCCUCCAACCAUAAAUGUCCUCACUGCAAUUAUAUGUCUUUUGUUGAAUCUGUCUCAGAGUCGCUUAUAUUUCACAUGACAAGUACGUAUACAGGUAUCAUGUUUAUUCCAAUGGUUUGAAAUGUACGUGUUUAUAUGUACAAGUUUUAAUUCCAAUAAUAAAUUAUCUUUUCAUCCUUACAUAGAUAUUACCCGUUGACUAUAUCUCCACUGUUGACAUUCCAAACUUAAAAAUUGAAAAUUAUAUUUUUUUCUUUUCUUGUUUCAUGUAGCCCUUGUAAUGCCUAAUGUAUGUUUUUUGCAUAAGUUAUAGAAAUUGUUAACUUUGUACUAACUAUGUUUUUAAAAAGUAGGAGUUUUUCAUGUUUCUCGUUGAACCAAUUCUGUAAUUUUCUAAAUGUUUAAACAUUCCU